GUUUCUUAUAUCAGGGAUUUGGGUUGUCCAGAGGUUGAACGAAAUGCUGUAAUUUCAAAUGGUAUUUCAGUCGUCUUAAAUGAAGAUCCAAAUGCACCAUUGGUGCUAUUAUUUGGUUGGGCUGGUUGUGUUGAUCGUUAUUUAGCUAAAUAUUCCGAAAUUUAUGAAAAGCAACGCUAUUCAAUUGUUCGAUUUACCGCCGAUGUUCGAAAAAUUCGAUCAUUUGCAUCAUAUCGCGAUUUCGCAUUGGAAAUAUACGAAAAAGUUGUUGAACGAUCAACAACAUCCGUAAUAAUUUGUCAUCUUUUUAGUAUGAAUGGCUGUUUAGUUUUUUGUGCUUUAUGGGAUCUUAUCGACACUGUUGUUGAUAAUGAUUUUAUCAAAUCCAAAUUCAGAGGCAUCAUUUUCGACAGUUCACCCGCGAAUGUAAACGCUUGGCAGACAGCUACCGCAUUUUCAAUAGUUCAUAUGCCACCCUCAAAGUAUGGACGUUCCUUUCGAGAAAUUUAUAGAAUUUUCUUAGCAAGUUAUUUUUCGAUUUAUCGUGCAAUACUGUGGCUGCGCUCACAAUGGGAAAGUAAUGUAUACGAACAUAAUAUUGCAUAUUAUCGCUUAUUGGCUAUUAGUGAUUUGCCAAAAAAUCAACUUUUCAUCUUCAGUUCAAUCGAUGGGAUUUGUUCAGCUAAUAGUAUAGCUGAAUUUGCCAGAAUUCAAGAAGAAAGAGGUGCACAAAUUUGUAAAAUUAUCUUUUCGGAUACACCUCAUUGUCAGCAUUUAAGAUUUCAUCCUGAUGAAUAUGAACAUGCUUGCUUAAAUUUCAUUAAAUCCAUCGUUCAAGCUAAUUAA